GAUAACUGAUAAGAAACGAUGUCAUAUCACCACAUAUCACAGAUUACGUGAAACAUGUUGUUAUGUUGUUGUGCAUCCCAUAGAAUGCAGCUUGCUACCAUUCGGCAUUCCAAAACAAAAUAAACAAAUAAAAAUCACUAUCAAGUAUUCAGUUAAUUUUCAACAUAUUUUAAAAUCUAUAAAAAUGGCGACGACGUCGGUGUCCGUAGAAUUUCAAAACCUCACAUUGUCCGAGUGCUUCGACCAAGGCCUGUCGUCUUACGAGAGUAUUUGCGAAUCCACAGAACCAGCCAAGGAAUCUGGGACGCAGUACAGGAUAAUAAAAUGCAUGAAAAUAUUGGAGCACACUACACAACUCGUAUCCGCGGCGGGCAUGUUCAGCAACAAUGAGACCAUCGAAGAGAUACCAACGGCCGACGUCAAAUACAUGUUAUUGCCAUUCAUUUUGGGGUCUCUGGCCCUAAAACUCACAAACAACGGCAAUAGAUUGGAUGUUGUCAAAACAGCGGAAGUAUAUUUCAGGGAUUAUCUACAGAGGUGUAAAGAUUAUGGAUUGGCUGACCAUACAAUACCACCCGAGUACACAGAUUCUGAAGAAACCACUACUCAGGCCACUAUGGACUUUUCUCUCAUGGCUCGCAGGCGUGCCGAAAAAAUUAAGAGUUACAAGGAACAAAAAUUAAUGGAGUCUCAGUUACAGCUGUUGAAGGAACAGAAUGAACGUGAGUCUGAAGAUGACGAAAUGAGAAGAAAGUACAUAGUCUCUUUACUGAAGUACAAUAUUGGCAAGGCUUUGGAAGAAUUAGAUUCUCUUCAAGCCGAAAUGAGAAUUUUACACUAUAAAUUGAAACAUGAAGAUGAAGACAACCCUGAAAAUGCAAAAUCUCAAAAGCUCAAACCUAAACCAUUAAUGCCUAUUAUUAUCACAAAAAAUGAGUUUCAAAAACAAGUAUUUGGUGCUGGCUAUCCGAGCUUGCCAACAAUGACAGUUGAAGAAUUCUGUGAACAACGUAUCAAUGAUGGAAUAUGGCAUUUACCUACUGGUGAUAAUACCAAGUGUUUACAACAACUGUCUGAAGCCUCAGAACCAGAACAAGAAGAUAAAGAAGACAAAAUCAAUGAGGAAGAAAAAGAAAACGAAAGACAACGACUAACAGCUCGCGACGAGUACAAAGAUGACCAUCGCCGAGGAUGGGGUAAUAGGCAUAAUAGAAGUUAAAAGGGCCUGAUAAGAGUCGUUGAUAUUAUAAAUGUAUUAUAUAUACAAAAUGUGUCUAUUUUGUAUGAACUAUAAUACAAAAUUGAUGUAUAAUCCUUUACAAAUACUAUUAAUAUAUUUUUUUAAAUAGCUAUAUUAAAUCCAAAUAAAUUUUAGUUCUCCAAAA